AACAAUUCUUCAAAUGAAUUUACUCUGCAAAUCCAUCUCUCUCACUCUCAACCCCCCGUCUUCUCAUCAACUUCCACCCUCUUCCUUCAAUUUCACCACCACCACCACCACCACCUUCCGCAGAUGUCGCUGCUCAUUUAUGUCGUCCGAUCACCCCGCUUCCAUGUCCGAAAUCGACAUGGUUCCGACCAAACAAGGAUUUUUCAUCGCCAAACCCAAAAAGGUGGUAAUCUUGUGGGACCUUGACAACAAGCCUCCGCGCGGCCCUCCUUACGAUGCCGCCAUGGCUCUCAAGAACAUUGCCAAUCAUUUCGGCCAAGUCGUUGAAGCCUCCGCCUAUGCUAACCGACACGCCUUCAUCCACCUUCCACACUGGGUCCUCGAGCAACGCCGUGAUCAACGCCGUGUCGAGAUUCUUGAGCGUAAGGGAGUUGCUACCCCUUCCGAACCAUAUAUUUGCGGUGUCUGUGGCCGCAAAUGUAAAACAAAUUUAGACCUAAAGAAACACUUCAAACAGUUGCACGUCAGAGAAAGGGAGAAGAAGAUGAACAGGAUGAAGUCUUUGAAAGGGAAGAAACGACAGCGUUUCAAAGAGAGGUUUAUCUCUGGGAAUCAUAAGUAUGCCGAGGCUGCUAGAACCCUAGUUACCCCCAAAGUCGGAUAUGGAUUGGCUGCGGAGCUCAGAAGGGCAGGGAUUUUUGUUAAGACGGUGGAGGAUAAGCCCCAGGCGGCGGAUUGGGCAUUAAAGAGGCAAAUGCAGCACUCCAUGAGUAGAGGAAUUGAUUGGUUGGUGUUGGUUUCCGAUGAUUCAGAUUUCUCCGAGAUGUUGAGAAAAGCCAGAGCUUCGAAUUUGGGAACGGUGGUUGUGGGUGAUUGGGACAGAGCAUUAGGGAGGCAAGCAGAUUUGUGGGUUCCAUGGAAUAGGGUUGAGAAUGGGGAAAUCACGGAGGAGGAUUUGGUGCCCAGAAGUACAAGUGGUGAAUUUGUGAAUGAUCUUAAUGCUGGUGUUUGUGUAUCCAAUUUAGAUGAACUGUUGGGGGAAAAGAGUGACUUUUAUCAGUCCAAGAUUUCAGUGUUUUCCGAAGGGGAAGAUGAAGAUGAAGUUGAAGAUGAAGAUGAAGAUGAAGAGGAUGUAAUGGAUGCAAGUGAUUACUUAUCAGAUAGUGACGAUGAGGAAGAAGAUGAUGAAGCUCUUGAUUGGUACACCUGAUAUCUUGUAGAUUUGGUUAUUACAUUCCGAGUUAUAACAGAGAUGACAUUGUGUUAUUAUGAGGUGGAUAACAGAGGGGAACCUAUGGAUUAUGGUGGCAUACUUCUGUGACAUAAGAAAGUAGAUAACCUUUGAAGAAUGCAAGGAUUAGUCAUAUUUGAAUCACAUACAUUUUUUGGUUGGAUGAUUUCUUAUUGAUGUUUGCAUUGAACAUCUAAUAUUGUUUCCAAAAAUAGUGAGCUGCUUCACACCUCUAUGAAUCUCUUGAUAACUCCUUACUCCCCCAAAUAUGCUGUAAUCAAUGCUAUAACUCUUUAUUUUCAGAUGAAGAUUAUCUUAACAAAAAUUGUCUUA